GUAUGCCUGCAGCAAUGGUUGGUUCUAUGCCUUGAGGAAGGGGCGGUGGUAUGCCUGCAACAAUUAUUGGUGCUAUGCUAUAUAUGCCUGCAGGAAUGGGUGGUGCUAUGCCUCGAUGCAUGGGUUGUGGUAUGCCUGAUAUCAUCCUGAAUGACCGUGACCUGAUGACAACCUUUGGUGACCCUGAGGACAUGGUGGCACUUCAAGAUGGAUCUACAAGGGAUGCAUCGUCGCAUCCAGCGGUAGCGAGAGAAGCAACUCUCCUUCUCCCAGGCGCAAGUAGAACUUGUGACAUGUGUGCCGCUGGCAGGUAA